AUGCAGGGAUCAGAAUGGAAGGAGAAAACAGAGAAGCUGGAGAUAGAGCUACAACAAUGUUGCAAAGCGCAAUCCCGAUUAUCCGAGCAACUCGUGAUAGAAGUAGCUGAAUCAAGAACAUCAAAGGCUUCUUUACAAGAGAAGGAGUUGUUAAUUAACGACAUGGAGACGGAAUUAACCGAAACAAGGGAAAAGUGUACAAAUUUACAAGAAGAGUUAGAGGAAAAGACCAAGACUUUGGAUUUACUUAUCGCCGAGAACAAGGAAGUCCGAUCUCAGCUAGAGGAAAUGACAGAUAGAGCUCAGAAAGCAGAGUCUGAGAAUAAAAUGUUGAUUGAUCGGUGGAUGUUGCAGAAGAUGCAAGACGCAGAACGUCUUAACGAGGCAAAUGCUCUCUAUGAAGAAAUGCUAGCGAAGCUUAAGGCCAAUGGUUUAGAGAAUCUUGCUCGGCAGCAAGUUGAUGGGAUCGUGCGGCGGAACGAAGAUGGAACGGAUGACUUUGUUGAGUCAACGAUUCCGUCAACAUGUGGACACCGUAUCCAUGCUCAUGAAGUGGUUGUGGCUCAAUCAUCUUUGAAUACAACUCUGGUACUCUCUUCACCGGUGGAUAAGACCGAGCUCCAUAACACACGACAACAAGUCCCUGACCGCGGCAACCACCUCGAACAAUCUCUUUGUGUGGAUGUUAGCUCCGGUAGGGUGCGCCACACUCUCACAGGCCACACGGAUAAAGUCUACGCCGUGGACGUGAGCAAGUUCUCGAGCCGGCACGUCGUCAGUGCGGCUUACGACCGCACCAUAAAGCUCUGGGAUCUGCAGAAAGGCUACUGCACUAACACGGUGCUCUUCACCAGCAACUGCAACGCCAUGUGCCUAAGCAUAGACGGGCUCACGGUUUUCUCAGGCCACAUGGAUGGGAAUCUCAGGCUAUGGGAUAUACAAACGGGGAAGCUUCUCUUUGAAGUGGCUGGACAUUCCUCCGCUGUGACCUCGGUCUCGUUGUCACGUAACUGGAACAGGAUCUUGACGAGCGGGAGUUUGGAGAUUUGCGGGACAUUGAGAGCGUCGGGAAACAGAUUGGCGUCGAACUGGAGCCGGUCGUGUAUAAGUCCGGACGACGAGUACGUGGCCGCGGGAUCUUGGGAUGGGACGGUGCAUGUAUGA